AUGUCUGAAAGUACCAUAAGUAAACACUUGUCAAAUGAAUUGGAUGAAAUGAAAGCAGCCAGAUAUCCCAUAAAUCAUGAUGAAAGAAACUUUAUAAAAGAUUGUCAAGAAAAAUCUCUUGGCAUCACGCAUUUAAGUGCUGGUCAUAUGAAAAUUACUGCAAAUAGUGCAUUGGAAAUUUUAAGAAGACAUGGGAUUAACAGAGUAUUAUGUGAAGUAUUUAUGGAACCCGAUGACACGUAUUCUGAAAGAGAAAACGCAUAA